AUGUAUACUAUUGUGUUUCAUUACAAUACAAAUAAACAACUAUUUAUUUCUUCAAUAUAUUGUGGCUUUCUCGGAGCAUGUGGUAUUUAUGACAUUGUUAACUGGACACGAACACAGAAAUUCUGUACAGAAAUUAUACCAAAUAUAACAUAUGGACAACCCUUAAAAUCAUUUACAUGUCAAAGUACUUCAUAUCUUGUUUUUGCAAUAUCUGAAUUAGUAUGUUCUAUAAUGAUUAUCUUAAACUAUAUUGUAUUAUCAUAUUUUUAUAAUAAAUAUUCUAAACAAAAUGUUUUCUCUUUUACUUCUACUGUUGUUAUUAAUGAUGAGGCUCCAAUAGGAAGUCCAAUAAUCAAUGAUAAGCAAUAA